CAUUCUAUCCGCGCAACCGGUGUAACUAUCAGAAGCGAUCCGUCCUCUACGAAGCGCCAUACCGCCCCCGUUGCUGAAGCUCUCAGGACCGGGUUCCAGAAACGCAGGCGGUGAUCAGCGCGCGGGAGACGCAUCUGGAACCCUUCCAGAUCUACGGAGUCCAAUAGUUCUUCCCCGAGGACAUCACGUCCCCGAACGAGAAACAGUGAGGCUCCUGUGGUCAGGGCAGUGAGGCUUGCGUUCUGUCAUAAAUUCGGCCUCGCUCCGCCGACGUGCUGAUGGACAGUUCAAUCCCAUCCUGUCCGGCAUCUGCCCCGGAACUUCAGUUAUCACUGGCAGGCUUUGCUUCUUCUCUGUCCCGGAAGAUCUCGCGCUUCCAGGAAACAAGUCGGACUCUGCUAUUCCAAACUUUCCUAGGCAGUGAAGAUGCCGGCCUGAGCUGGGGGAAUCUGCUCUGUGUGACUACCGUCUUGGCUACAAUGGUCGGCUGCGGGUUGCUGUCCACUAUCCGGUCCCGUCAGAGGGCCCAGGACCGGCAACAGGAACGUCCAAAGUACAGAAAAUCAUCUGAAGUCAGCGGGGCGGCGUCAUCUUCGGAAGAUGAGGACAUCGACAGCACUACUUCGUCGGCGAGGAGAAAAGCCAUUGCUAAGGCGAAGGCAUUCAUUCCGCGAUACAAAGGCUUAACGCAAAGUGCGGUCAAUACGGAUCCUGGGCUUCUCAAGAAGCAUUCCUCAUACGUAUCGUACACCACGUCGGUGGCUACUUAUCCCUACAUCAGAACCUUCUUCUGUCCUCACCCUCAUAUGGAAAAGUUCCCAUCCAAACCAGCUCCAAUCCCCUUGCUCGUAUUUGUGCAUGGUUUAGGUGGAUCCCUGGCUCAGUUCCAUCCUCUGCUGACAAGCUUGUCUAAUAUCGGCCCUUGCUUCGGAAUAGACCUUCCAGGAUGCGGCCUGUCGUCUUUUGCGCCGACCUCUUGGGAUGCCUACUCGAUAGAAGCUUUGGUUGAACUGCUGAUCACCGCUAUUGAAACCUACCGUGACAAGGAGGCCGGGCAGCAGGUUGUCCUGAUAGGCCAUAGUCUGGGUUGCUCGUUGUCUGCCCUGAUAGCCUCUUCCACGUCACCGGUACAGUCGGAGCUGCGAAAGAACAUUGCAGGCCUGAUAGCGGUGUGCCCGCGUGCAUCCCCACCUUCUGCUCACGAAGUCAGGCUUUUCCGCAGACUGCUUUGGAUACCAGGACCGAUUUUUGAUCUCUGGAGAUGGUGGGACCGACGCGGUGGUGCGAACAGCCACAGUGUGUCGAGAUUUGUCGGCAAGGACGCCGACCCGGAUACGAGACAGCUUCAGGUUCGAUUUAACAAACAAAGCAGAACUCCUGUCUGGAGACGUAUGGCAUGGGGUAGCCUUCCUGACUACCAUGGUGACAAGCCUACUGGAGGCCUUCCGGGCAAAGAGAUAUGGUCCGGAGUCCAGGCCCCUGUCCUCCUUGUGGCGGGUGAAGCGGAUGCCAUCACGAAGGCUUCGGAGAUCGCGAAACUGCUCGCCUACUUUGGAAGCAAUGAGGUUGAUACUAGAAUGGACGGUACCCAGAGCGCAAUUCUGCCUGACGCAUCUAGGGUGCAUGAUCAGCAAGAAGCACCAUACGACGCGCGCGCUCACGACGAGAAGUUUGGACUCGAUUUAGCAGACAGUGAGGCUGUCCUUCCAGAGAAGGAGGCGCUGGCUCAGUCCGGACAAGUGAAGCGAGUUGUGAAGACCACCAUUCUUCCAGCACCAGCUUCCCAUGCUCUACUCUACGAUCGAGCAACCUACCGUACUCUUGCGGGUGUGAUACAAGAGUUCCUUGUCAAGCAUGUUGACAAAAGGCUCAACUUUGGAUGGCAGUUGCAGCACCUCAACACGUCUGGCAAGUGGGAUGUCAAGAACCUUGCAAAGUGGAAGAAGGUCCCUCCCUUCUCAGAGCCGAUCGCAGGGACGUUCCUGGCUCUGAAGAUGCUCCGAGAGGUAGACGAGGAGCAUAACCCGGUUCUCUUCUCCCAGGCGCACCGAGGUGAAGUUUACGCUGUCAUUGAUAUCAGCCACGAAAACCCAGUCUACAACCCGGAGCAGCUGGAGAAGGGCGGGAUCCACUAUCAUAAACAUCCGACCGUGUCGAAGAUUCCGCCUACCGUGGAUGAGACGAGAGAUUUCAUCGCAUUGGUUGACCGGCUGCAGAGUGAAAUAACAGAUCAAAUUGAAAGAGACGGAAACGGCGGUCGUCCACGCCCGCUGGUCGGCGUUCACUGCCAUUAUGGGUUCAAUCGGACCGGCUUUUUGAUCGUCAGUUACCUCAUCGAACGGCUCGGUUACAGCGUCCAGGACGCGAUCGAUGAGUUUCAAAGGAAACGACCUCCAGGGAUUCGACAUGAACAUUUCAUUGAUACGCUUUUUGUUCGGUAUUGUAUUGGCCUCAAGAGGGCACCCACUCUCUAGAACAAGUGUAGUUGAGUCGUUUGGAUAUCUGGCUUAAAGGAAAGGGUUAUACAGGCGUUUUGGUUUCUGGUAGAAUUAUGAGUGACGAUUGUUGAUACCACCUGUAUUAUUAUGAGUUGAACCGGACUAGUUUUGAUUAAUAAGGAUUAAUAAGGAUAAUUAUGAUUGUCAGUCAGUUAUG